AUGAAGAAAAUUAAGGACUUUUUCCACUGCAAAUCAAAAGAGAUCCUCUAUGUUUGUGAAAGUGACUCCUUAAAGAACUAUAUAAGAAAACAAUUUCUGCUUGGAAGUUGAAUGGCUACAGGGGAAAUGAAUAUCACUAUUGAUUUAGAAACUAGCUAUGCUGAGCUGGUUCUAAAUGUGGGAAGAGUCACUCUUGGGGAGAAGGCUAGAAAUGGAAUGAAAAAUGGUCAACUGAAGAAACAGCAGAAUGAAAAAAUCCAAAAAGCGGUUGUUACUUUGCUGAAUUCCGGAGGAGGACUGGUCAAGGCUGAAAUUGAGAAUAAAAACUAUAGUUAUGAAACAGAGGGCAUAGGGUUGGAUUUGGAAAAUUCUUUUAGUUGUAUUCUUCCAUCUGUUUCUGACUACCUAGACUUUAUGCAGCAAGAUACAUAUUUUCUGAUUUUUGUCAAAACACGAAGCUCAGAAACGUCUAAUGUUCAUAUUGCCUCCUUGAGUACCUGUUUGUACAAAAGAGAUGUAACUUCUACCAGAGUAAUGAAUGACAUGGCUGCACUGGAAUUUCUCAAAAACAGGAUAAAAACUGGAGGGAGAUUGUAUAAAAAAUCUAAGCCACUUCUGAAGAAGCCUCGUCUUGAGGUACAAGAGGAAAGUAAUAUGGAGGCCUCUGCUGCUGAGUUUUUUAACAAGCGGAUAAUUAAACAGAAAGAAAAACUCAACUUUACUGAAUCCACACAUGUUGAAAUGAAAAACUUUACAACAGGAAAGGUUUUUCAACGCAUAAAAGAGAUUCUCCCUCUGUAUGUUUCUGCAUUUGCAAAUACCGAUGGGGGAUAUUUGUUUAUUGGUGUAAGUGAUGAUGGAGAAGUAAUCGGCAUCGUAACAGAGAAGAAUGAUCUUGAGAAAAUAGCAAGAGAAAUAGUAGAAUCCAUUAAUAAGCUGCCUGUCUACCACUUCUGUAGGGAAAAGAGGAUGGUAGGCUGUUCAUACAAUAUUAUGGAAGUAUAUGAUGGUGACGAUAAUCUUUGCGGAUUUGUCCUUGCACUCAAAAUAGAGCAGUUCUGCUGUGUGGCAUUUGCUAAAGAACCAGAUUCCUGGCAUGUGGAAGACAGCACUGUGAAGCGGUUCACUGUGGAGGAAUGGAUUUACCACACUAUUCCAGAUUUUUUCAGAUUACCUGAAAACACUGACAUUCGACAAGGUUCAUCAUCAUCACUCCACACAAACGUUCUUUAUAAAGAUUUGGCUGAAGCUUUUGAAUCUCAGCUGAAUAUAUCCCACAGCCCUCCAAGCUGUAGACCAGUGUAUUCUAAGAAAGGUCUGGAACAUAAAGAGGCUCUCCAGCAACAUUUAUUUCCAGGACAUCUGCAACAUGUCCCCAACCCCCUCUGGAAAGAGCUGUGCUCACAACAUGAAGGACUGAAAGAAUUAGUAAACCAGCAAGUGAAGGAUUUCUGCGAGGGAAUUCUGAUCCUCUCCAGAAGCUGGGCUGUGGACCUGAACUUGCCAGAGGAACAGGAAGUCAUCUGUGACGCUCUGCUGAUAGCAAAGGACAGCCCUCCAGUUCUCUACACCAUUCUUGGGAACCAGCGUGCAGAUGGGCAGCUCUACUGCACUCGCACCGCCUUUGCUUUGAAGCAGAAGCUGGUGAACACCGGGGGCUACACUGGAAAGCUGUGUGUCCUGACCAGGGUCCUCCACCUGAGUCCUCAGGACAAUGCAGGGACCUUGGUGGGUUCAGGCUGUCCCCUUGGUUACCCGGAGGCCUAUAAUCUUCUAGACACCCAGCAAAUGGAAACCCUGCUUCAGUCCCUUGUGAUUGUCUUGCUUGGCUUCAGGUCUUUCCUGAGUGACCAGCUUGGCUGUGAGAUUCUAAAUCUGCUCACAGAGCAACAAUAUGAGAUCUUCUCAAAAAACCUCCACAAGAACAGAGAAUUGUUUAUCCAUGGCUUACCUGGCUCGGGGAAGACUGUGCUGGCUAUGAAGAUCAUGGAGAAGAUCAAGAAUGUGUUUCACUGUGAGAAAGAGAACAUUCUUUACAUUUGUGAAAACAUACCUCUGAGAAAUUUUAUCAGUUACAAAGAAACUUGCAAGGCAGUGACCCGGAAACAUUUCAUGAAUAAUAACUGUGAAAAUAUUCAACACAUCAUCAUUGAUGAAGCCCAGAAUUUUCGUACUGAAGAUGGGGAAUGGUAUGAAAAGGCAAAAUUAAUUACUCGAAGAAAAAAGGGUCACCCAGGAAUUCUCUGGAUCUUUCUAGACUACUUUCAGACAAGCCACUCAAAAUGCAGUGGCCUCCCUGCUCUUUCAGAUCAGAAUUCAAGAGAAGAACUCACUAGAGUGGUCCGCAAUGCAGAUUCAAUAGCCAACUACCUAAUAGAAGAACUGCAGAAAGUUAGGGAAAAUCCUCCAUUGAACAUCCCUGCAGUGUCCAUGGAGAUGCUUCUUCAAGUAGAAUGGACCCAUUGUGUUCAAGGAACCUCAAAAAUUAAGCGAAACUUGAGUCUGGACCAAAUGAUGACGUUUAUUGCAAACAAAUGUAAGGAUCUCUUUGAAAGAGGCUAUUCUCCCAGAGAUGUUGCUGUACUUGUUAGCACCGAAGAAGAUGUAGAGUAUUACAAAUAUGAUCUCAAGAAAGCGCUGAGGAAGAAUAGGAUAGAGCAGAUCAGAGAUGCAGAGGAUGUUCUGAGUCAUCACAUUGUGUUGGACAGUGUUCGGCGGUUCUCUGGCUUGGAAAGGGUCAUUGUGUUUGGGAUCCAUCCACGAACAGUUGAUAUAAGUAUCUUUCGAAAUUUUCUUGUGUGUCUGGCUUCCAGGGCAAGACAACAGCUAUAUAUCCUGUAUCACUAGAGUUUUUAGGAAAAACAUCAAGCCAAAAUGAGAUGAAGCCAUUGCUGUGUAAAUGUCCAUCAGUGAACUCUCUUUAUCACCAAAACUCUUCUUCUUGGGUUACAGGUCAGCUCAAGAUUUGGUCAGGUUUGACACACAAGAGUAUAAAAAUUUCUAUCUCUAUCACCAUCCAUUCAGAGAUUCCUCCCCUAACUCCUUCUGGGUGCCUUUUCCCUCCUUAUAUCCUUAUAUCUCAGUUCUCAGACUAUAAUGAUGGUGGUGUUUUCUAGAACUGUUAGCCAUUUUGCAUAGCAUAAACUUUGACCAAACCUGUUUAAAAACUAUUAAAAACACGAACCAUAGAGGAGUGCACAGAUGAUGAAAUCAGA